AUGUCUGAUUCGGACGUUCUCCAGUCUGCGGUGCGCGUGCCCACGCCUCCUCCGGGCGCGUCGUUCUCACCAGUCGCAGCCUCUCGAAAACGCUCACCUCCGUCUCGCUCCCCCUCUCCACAUCGUCGCCGAUCGCCCCCCGGUGAUUCUAUCAAAGAUGGCCUUGAUGCCUCCAAUGCCGACUCCAAAAAUGGGGACGAUAGAGAGCGCCAGCUCACUGAGCGUUUCCGCGAACAUGAGAAGCGCGAAUCGACGCGGAAGCCAAUGACAGACGCAGAAAAACAGGCUUCAGCGAAGGCAGAAUAUGAAAAACUACUCACCAUGAGAUCCGGUGGCACAUAUAUUCCCCCAGCUCGACUGCGUAUGUUACAGGCGCAAAUCACCGAUAAGACAAGCAAAGAGUACCAGCGCAUGGCGUGGGAAGCUUUGAAAAAAUCCAUCAAUGGCCUCAUCAACAAAAUCAAUGUUUCCAACAUCAAGUCCAUUGUUCCGGAACUCUUUGCGGAGAACUUGGUGAGGGGCCGAGGUUUGUUCUGUCGGUCUAUCAUGAAGGCGCAGGCAGCCAGUUUGCCCUUCACUCCAAUCUACGCCGCAAUGGCAGCCAUCGUCAACACCAAACUUCCGCAGGUUGGUGAUCUGCUGCUUACUCGAUUGAUUAUUCAAUUCCGCAAAGCCUUCAAGCGAAACGACAAGGCAGUCUGCAUUUCCUCCACAACUUUUAUUGCGCACCUCUGCAACCAACAAGUCGCCCACGAGAUGCUGGCAGCCCAGAUCCUAUUGCUACUUUUGCAUAAACCCACGGACGAUAGCGUGGAAAUUGCGGUCGGUCUUACUCGAGAAGUCGGUCAACAUCUGGAAGAAAUGAAUGCUCCUAUCGCACUUGCCGUUUUUGAUCAAUUCCGAAAUAUUUUACAUGAGGCCGAUAUCGACAAACGUGUGCAAUACAUGAUCGAGGUUCUUUUCCAGGUGCGCAAAGAUCGUUACAAGAACAAUCCUGCCAUCAAGGAGGAAUUGGAUCUAGUGGAAGAGGAAGACCAGAUCACCCACCGUGCUGGCUUGGAUGAUGAGCUGGAAACGCAAGACACCCUUAACAUCUUCAAGUACGACGCGGAGUGGGAAGAACAUGAGGAGGCUUACAAAAAGUUGAAGAACGAGAUCCUUGGCGACGAAAGUGACGAGGAUGACGAAGACAGGUCAGACGAAAGCGAAGAAGAGGAAGAGUCUGAUGCAGAGGAGGUGCAGAUGGAUAUCAAGGAUCAGAGUAACACAGAUCUAGUCAACCUCCGACGGACAAUUUACCUCACAAUCAUGUCCAGCAUUGACUUUGAAGAAUGUUGCCACAAGCUGAUGAAGAUCAACCUGCCGGCCGGGUUGGAACACGAACUUCCGUCCAUGAUCAUUGAAUGCUGCUCGCAAGAACGAACAUAUUCCAAGUUCUACGGUCUGAUUGGAGAGCGGUUCGCCAAGAUCAACCGACUCUGGUCAGAUCUGUUUGAGGCUGCUUUUGCCAAAUACUACGAUACCAUCCAUCGUUACGAGACCAACAAACUACGCAAUAUUGCCCAAUUCUUCGGCCAUUUGAUCAGCAAUGAUGCCAUUGGUUGGCAUGUUCUAUCUGUGGUUCACCUCAACGAGGAGGAAACCACAUCCAGCAGCCGUAUUUUCAUCAAAAUCCUCUUCCAAAACCUUGCGGAGAAUCUUGGUCUUCCUGGAUUGCAGGCCCGCUUCAGAGAUGAAAUCCUGCGACCAAGCUUCGAAGGCCUCUUCCCGACAGAGAACCCACGCCACACCAGGUUCUCCGUCAAUUACUUCACCAGCAUUGGUAUGGGUGUAUUGACAGAGGACAUGCGUGAAAACCUCAAAAAUCUCCCGCCUCCCACUGUGCCUGCCUUGCCUACACGAAGCGUAUCUCGGUCACUCUCACGCACGCCAUCUGAUCGAUCACGGACCGCGGCCGUUCCUACUCCCGUUCCAUUACUCCCUCUUCCCGCAGCCGAAGCUACACACCUUCACGUUCUCGGUCCCCAGUUCGUCGCCGUCGUGACGCAUCCUACAGUCGAUCCCGAACGCCCGCAGGAAGAUCCCGCUCUCGUUCGCGAUCUCGAUCCAUUUCCCGCACUCCGGAUAGACGCAGCCGAGCGCGUUCACGCUCCUAUGAUUCGCGAAGCCCAAGUCGCAGCCCUUACCGAUCCCGUCGAUCGGUUAGUCGAUCGAUUUCUCGGUCUGUCACCCCGCCUCGCCGAGGUCAGAGUCCUUCCCGCCGGAGAAGCCGCAGCUACUCCCGAUCGAUCUCUCGAUCUGUCACACCUCCGCCUCGGCGUGAGCCGGCGUCACGCAGCGCGAAACGAAACUCGUCCAAAUCCGUGUCACCACCCCCACGUCGACGCCAUGCUUCAGACUCUCGCUCUCGCUCGCCUACUCCCAAACGUCGGGCAGAAUCACGGGGUCGAAGCUAUUCGCGAACACCACCACGCCGUAGAUAAAUCGGUACCAAGGCCUCUGAUGCUUUGA